AAGCACGCCCUCAAUAACUGAGCGACGGAAGUGCCUAUAGCAGUGCGUGUGUGUGUAUCGUUUCAGAAGCGGGAACCGGUUUUAUGAAAAUAAUCAAAUAUCUCUACGGCAGUUACUCUUAACAGAUUGAAAUGAGUUUAUUCGGGACGAACACGGGCUUUGGGACCGGGGGAACAGGUGUAUUUGGCAGCACCACCACAGACAGUCAUAAUCCAAUGAAGGAUGUUGAAGUAACAUCGCCACCCGAUGACAGCAUAAGCUGCUUGGCAUUCAGUCCCCCUACGAUGCCUGGGAACUUUCUGAUCGGAGGCUCGUGGGCCAAUGAUGUGCGGUGCUGGGAGGUUCAAGAUAAUGGUCAGACUGUCCCUAAAGCCCAGCAGAUGCACACAGGCCCAGUGCUGGAUGUGUGCUGGAGUGAUGAUGGCAGUAAAGUCUUUACAGCCUCCUGUGACAAAACUGCCAAGAUGUGGGAUCUGAACAGCAAUCAAACCAUUCAGAUAGCACAACAUGAAGGCCCAAUCAGGACAAUUCACUGGAUUAAAGCACCAAAUUAUAACUGUGUUAUGACUGGCAGCUGGGACAAAACACUGAAGUUUUGGGAUACACGUUCCCCAAACCCAAUGAUGUCCCUGCAGAUGCCAGAGAGGUGUUACUGUGCAGAUGUGGUAUAUCCUAUGGCCGUUGUAGCUACUGCAGAACGUGGUCUUAUUGUUUACCAGUUGGAAAAUCAGCCUUCAGAGUUUCGACGUAUAGAGUCACCUCUGAAGCAUCAGCACCGCUGUGUGGCUAUCUUUAAAGACAAGCAGAGUAAACCUACUGGUUUUGCACUGGGCAGCAUCGAGGGACGAGUUGCCAUUCAUUACAUAAACCCACCUAACCCAGCCAAGGACAAUUUCACCUUUAAGUGCCACAGGUCCAACGGAACCAAUACUGCCACACCCCAAGAUAUUUAUGCUGUGAACGCUAUCUCCUUUCACCCUGUCCAUGGCACUCUGGCGACAGUAGGCUCUGAUGGGCGCUUCAGUUUCUGGGAUAAAGAUGCCCGCACUAAACUGAAGACCUCUGAACAAUUAGAUCAACCAAUAACAGCUUGUUGCUUCAAUAACAAUGGGAACAUAUUUGCCUAUGCUUCCAGCUAUGACUGGUCUAAGGGACAUGAAUAUUACAAUCCCCAGAAAAAGAAUUACAUCUUCUUGAGGAAUGCAGCUGAGGAACUGAAGCCUCGGAACAAGAAAUGGUGAGAGAGGGAUAUCCAUUACCAUGGAGAAGGUGUCUUUCACCGGUCAGGGGCAGAUUCAUCAAGCUUCGCAUCACGUCUCGGAAGACCUGCGUUUGUGUGUAAAUAUGGGAGAGAGACCUCAAUUUGGCUAACACCUGGACCAAUGGCAUGGCAAUGCGUAAUUUUUAUGGACCAAUCAGAAGGUGGCCAACUGCUCAUAAGCAAUAAUGAUGUGAGCAGUGGCUUUUGAUACGAGUAAGGAAGCCAUGCUUCAGUGUUUCUGCUUUAACUGGUGUACCUUUUUUCUUUCUUCUCGAAGUUCAUCGUUACUUGCAGCUCUUUUUUCUUGAUACUGCUUUACAAAGGAAAUGCAUUUUCACCUUUACUUUUCUUUACGCUUGGUGUAUAAUCAAAUUGUGUAACCAAUAAUAAAUCUGUCUCAAUAUUUCUCUGCA